AUGAGAAGCCGGAAACUUUCCAACAUUUAUUUAGCUGGCUGCAAGCUUCGAGGGACUCUCCCAAAUUUCACAACCCCUGAUUCAUUAAGCUCUUUGGACCUGUCAGAUAACUAUUUCACUGAAGAUGGACUUUCAUCAAUUGACCUCCAUUCAAACCAACUCUACGGUUCUCUAUCAAGUAUUCUAAGCAACAAGACAAGCAAGUUUCUGGAGGUUGAACGAUUGGACAUUUCAAGGAACCAAAUAGGAGGCACAAUCCCAACCAGUUUAGGAUUGUUGCUCAAGUUGCAGUGGUUGGAUUUGUCCAUCAACACACUUUCCGGGAAAAUCCCUGACAGCUUGCUACAGAUUGAAGCGCUGAGACACGCAAGCUUCAGGGCCAACAGAUUAUGCGGUGAGAUCCCACAAGGAAGACCAUUGAACAUCUUUCCUCCAGUAACUUAUGCCCAUAAUCUGUGUUUAUGUGGCAGGCCCUUGCCACCUUGUAAGGGAAAGAAGUGA